AUGGAUGCUAAAGCGGGUUUAGAGAUGGAAUAUGACGCCCCCAGCAGACCCAGGCCAUCUCACCGAGCUCACCCGAAGGAAGCUCAAGGCAGAGUGUGUAAUCCCAGCGCUGAAACUUCAUCUGAGAUCUGUCGACCGGAAAUUGACAUCAUGAGGAAACUCGGUUUGUACCAGGUGGAUGGCUCCAUGGGUCGUCGAACUGUCCAGCAAUACGACCGAAACACACGCAGACUAAAUGCUCCCGAGAGAACAGAUAGCUUCAUGGAACGGGAUUGCAGGACACAGAUCUGUGUUUUGUUGAAGAAGAAGAAAAAGAAGAGAAAGAGAAAAAUAUUUUCGACUGUUUGUUAUACGCUCUUCGCCAUGGCGGACGCACUAUCUAUCGAACAGAAUAACAAGAUCCGAGUCGCGCUCGGCCUUGCGCCACUUCCCGUCCCCGGCACAGCCAGCGAAGGUCCAACGUUUAAGUCGAAAGAUGGCGAUGAAUCUGCGUCCUCCGAUGGCGAGGAGCCAGCAAGCACACUUGAAUCCCGAGCAGCACAGGGUUACGAAAACUGGAAAGCUAUUCAGGAUGAACGGGAAGCUCAGAAGAAGCGCGAGGCAAGAAAAGAUGCUAUCCGACGAGCUCGAGAGGCCGCGCAGAGGAUGGCGAAACUAGAGGGCAAGGGACUCGGAGAAGGCGGUGAUGAUGCAGAAUUAGACACGCGAUCAUGGCUGCUGCAGCAUAACAAGAAACGAAAGAAGAUCGAAAAGGAGCGCGCCAAAAGACUUGCGGAGGAACUUGCGGAACGGGAACAGCAAAUGGCGGAGUACACGUCGAAAGACCUGGCUGGAGUACGAGUUGCGCAUGAAAUUGGCGAUUUUGAUGAUUUUGACGAGAGUGGAGAGAAGGUCCUUACGUUAAAGGAUACGACUAUUGACGAAGAUGAGGAGGAAGGGGCUGAGUUGGAGAAUAUACAGAUGCGAGAAGGGGAGAAGACGAAGGAGAGGCUGGCAUUGAAGAAGAAAGUUGCGUAUGACCCCAAUGAUAUGGACGGUAGCGGCACGAUUCUGUCACAGUACGACGAAGAGAUUGAUGGGAAGAAGAGGAAACAUUUUACCCUUGCAUCGGGUGACCUUACACCACAGGCCAGGGAAGCCAAACGGCAGGACGUUUCGUCAAAGCUGAAGAUGGAGCGUGUGAAUCUGGACGGCUUGUUAGAGAAAGAUGUUGCGACAUCAGAUUACAUGGAUGCUUCAGAGAUCAAAGUGAAGAAACCGAAGAAGAAGAAGGCAAAGAGUACGAGACGGCGGCAGGCCGAAGAGGACGGGGAUACAGCUAGUACACCCACUGAUACCAACGGUGACCGAAUGGAGAUGGAUGAAUCACAGCAGCAGGCUGCGCCUGUGGUAGUGGCCAAGAGGCCGCAGGAAGAUAUAUCCUUUGUGGACGACGACGAUCUACAAGCCUCUCUAGCUGCACAGCGAAGAGCGGCGUUUAAGAAGAGAAAGAAAAUGCGCCCGGAGGAUCUGGCACAGCAGCUUAGGGAAGAAUCAGAACAGGCACAGAACGAAAUGGACGUCGAUGGAGCAGAAGCAGACCAAGGCGGCCUAGUUAUAAACGAGACAUCAGAGUUUGUAGCCAACCUACAACGGCCGGCGCUCAUUGAGCGUUUACGAUCCGUCUCCCAUGAACCUACGGCCGAAACACCCACUAAUCCGCCGCAACCAACAGUCGAAGAGACAUCGGAUGUGGAAAUGGAACCAUCCUACACCGUUGCCGAACAAGAGGCGGAAGAAUCCGAACCCCAGACACAACCGGCAGACAUAACUACCACCGGUCUAGAGGAGGAAUCAACCCUCGACCAAGGGCUCGGAGCAACACUCGCCAUGCUCAGGCAGCGUGGCCUGGUAACCGCCGAAGAAAAGGACGGGCAAAGCAUCAACACCCUGCACCGUGACCGCCAACGCUUCCUCGCCGAAAAACGCCGCCGUGAAGCCGAGGCAGAACGCCUUGCCCGCGCCCAACGAGAACGAGACCGUGCCUCUGGCAAGCUGGACCGCAUGUCAGCCCGUGAUCGCGAAGAGUAUGCUCGCUGGGAGAACAAGCAGCGUGACCAGCUCGAGUCCCGGGCGAUGGCAGACGUGUUUAAUCGCGAGUAUAAGCCAGACGUGCAGCUCAAGUACGUGGACGAGUUUGGGCGAAGGAUGAACCAGAAAGAAGCGUUUAAGCAUCUCAGCCACCAGUUCCAUGGCAAGGGAAGCGGUAAGAUGAAGACUGAGAAGCACUUGAAGAAGAUUGAGGACGAGAAGAAGAGGGAGGCGAUGAGUACGUUGGAUAGUAGUCAGAAUACCGGCAUGAACAAUGCCAUGGGCGCGACGGCGAAGAAGAACCGUCAAGCGGGCGUGAGGCUUGCAUAG